GGAGAUAUAUAUUGCACAUAGGUCACUGUUCAAAUUUUUCAUUUCUAUUUCAAAACACCAAACACUACUUCACACAAAUUCUCCAAUCUCCACUCUCUCUGGUCUGGUCUCCUUCUCCAUGGCAACCCACCACCUGAUGCUCUGCUAUUAUUGCUUCAUCCUCUCAGCUCCAUUGUUCCACCACUUUGCAGAAUCCGCCUCCGGGCAGGGGGCGGAUUCUCGUGAUGUGGCUGUGCUUACAUCUCUGAAGGAGCAGUGGCAAAACACGCCUCCGAGUUGGGAGAGGUCAGAUGAUCCAUGUGGAGGACAAUGGGAAGGAGUAACCUGCAACAACUCCAGGGUCACUGCACUGGGAUUGUCAACCAUGGGACUGAAAGGAAGGCUGUAUGGUGAUAUCGGAGAGCUUACUGAAUUAAAAUCCUUAGACCUGUCGUUUAACCGAGGGCUCACAGGUUCCAUUUCUCCAAGGAUUGGGGAUCUGCAGAAACUAAGCAUACUAAUUCUUGCAGGGUGUAGCUUCAGUGGGAGCAUACCUGCUGAACUUGGAAAACUUUCUGAUUUGUCCUUCUUAGCACUCAACUCAAAUAACUUUACUGGUGAAAUCCCGGCAUCUUUGGGCAAUCUAUCCAAACUCUACUGGCUUGACCUGGCUGACAAUCAGUUGACAGGAUCUCUCCCCGUUUCGACACUCAAAGAUCCGGGACUGGAUCUUCUGAAAAGGGCAAAACACUUCCAUUUCAACAUAAACCAGCUUUCAGGCACAAUUCCCGCCAAACUGUUUAGCAGUGACAUGGUGCUCAUACACAUACUAUUUGAUGGGAAUAAAUUUAGCGGCAAUAUACCGUCUACAAUAGGAUUAGUUCAGACAGUUGAGGUCCUCCGGCUGGAUAGAAAUUUCCUUAAUGGUAGUGUCCCUUUGAAUCUCAACAACCUGACAAACACCAUAGAACUGAACUUGGCGCAUAACAGCCUCUCUGGCCCGCUACCUGACCUGAAUGGAAUGAACUCACUUAAUUAUGUGGAUUUGAGCAACAAUACCUUUGAGCAGUCACAAGCUCCAGAGUGGUUCUCAACUUUACAGUCACUCACAACCUUGGUGAUGGAAUAUGGCUCACUUCAGGGACAAGUGCCACUGAAACUUUUCAGUUUCCCUCAGAUUCAACAAGUGAAGCUUCGGAACAAUGCCUUUAAUGAUACUUUGAGCAUGGGAAGCAGCAUCAGUCCCCGACUUCAACUUGUGGAUUUUCAGAACAAUGAGAUAUCAUCAGUAACUCUUGGCUCAGGAUAUACAAAGACAUUGAUAUUGAUAGGAAACCCUAUAUGCGUCUCUGCGCUAGCAAACACACAUUACUGUCACCUUCAGCACCAAGCUGCCAAGCCAUACUCUACAAGCCUGGCCAACUGUGGAACCAAACCUUGUUCCUCCGAUAAAAAACUUAGCCCACAGAGUUGUGAAUGUGCGUACCCGUACGAGGGAACAUUGUACUUUAGGGGACCCACCUUCCGGGAGCUGUCCAAUGUCGAAUUGUUCCACUCUCUUGAAAUGAGUCUAUGGGUAAAAUUAGGACUCAGCCCGGGUUCCGUUUCUCUUAUGAACCCAUUUUUCAACAUUGAUGACUAUCUUCAGGUGCACUUGGAACUCUUUCCAUCCACAGGAAUGUAUUUUAGCAGGUCGGAGGUUCAGAGAAUUGGAUUUUUCUUGAGUAACCAGACAUAUAAGCCACCUCCAGAAUUCGGACCUUACUAUUUCAUAGCAUCUCCGUACCCUUUUCCAGCUGAGCAUGGAGGAACAUCCAUAAGCUCAAGGGUGAUUAUCGGAGUAUCUGUUGGUUGCGCCUUUUUGGUUCUGUUGCUUGCUGGUAUGGGAGUUUAUGCAGUUCAGCAAACGAAACGUGCUGAAAGAGCCAUUGGACUGAGCAGACCUUCAACACCUUGGGCUCCAAGUGGCUCGGACAGUUGUUGCAUGCCCCAACUGAAAGGGGCAAGAUGGUUUUCUUUGGAGGAACUGAAAAAGUGCACAAACAACUUUUCUCAAAGCAAUGAGGUUGGUUCCGGGGGAUAUGGCAAGGUCUAUAGAGGAAUACUCUCAUGUGGGCAAGUGGUGGCCAUUAAAAGAGCUCAACAGGGAUCAAUGCAAGUGGGGGUAGAGUUCAAAACCGAAAUCGAAUUGCUUUCACGCGUGCAUCACAAGAACCUUGUUGGCCUUGUUGGAUUUUGUUUUGAACAAGGAGAACAAAUGUUGGUGUACGAGUUUAUGCCAAAUGGGAGUCUAAGUGAAUGCUUGUCAGGGAGAAGAUGCAUUACGCUUGAUUGGAACAGGAGACUUAGAAUAGCUCUUGGUUCAGCCAGAGGACUAGCCUAUCUACAUGACCUAGCAAAUCCUCCCAUCAUUCACAGAGAUGUCAAAUCCACAAACAUUCUAUUGGAUGAAAACUUAACAGCUAAGGUUUCCGAUUUUGGCUUGUCCAAGCCUGUAAGCGACCACACAAAACGAAAUGUAUCUACUCAAAUCAAAGGCACACUGGGUUAUUUGGAUCCCGAAUACUAUUUGACUGAAGAGUUUACAGAGAGAAGUGAUGUGUACAGCUUUGGUGUUGUGAUGCUUGAACUGGUCACGGCCAGAAAACCAAUCGAAAAGGGUAAGUACAUUGUCAGGGAGGUAAGAGCCAUAGCAAACAGCAAGGAGGAGCACUGUGGCCUGAGGGAUAUGAUGGAUCCUGGUUUAAGAAACAUCCAAACAAGCCUUUGGGGAUUUGGGAAGUUCAUAGAGUUGGCAAUGCAGUGUGUGGAAGAAUCUGCUGCUGGGCGUCCGGUGAUGAGUGAAGUAGUGAAGACACUUGAAACCAUCCUCAUAGAGAACGAUGAUGGGCUAAACACAAACUCGGUGUCUGCUUCCUCAUCAACCACAGACUUUGGAUCACUGAGAGCUGCCAUUGCACACCAUGAUGCCUUUGAUUAUAGUGGCAGGGAGUUCACAUUUUCAGCAAAAGUGGAACCCAAAUGAUCUGAAUGGAUUCCUAUUUUACUUGUUCCUGCACAAUUGAUGUCAACCUUUUUUUAGAUGGGUAUGUUACCUUUGAACAUUACGUAUAACGUACAUCCAAAUAUACUAUGAUAAUCACAUCCGUUAUGCUCAAAGGAGAACUCUUCAGAAGAAAAUGAGCCCAAAAAACAAAUACAUAAACAUGAAAAGGUAGAAACAAAUAAACAUUAUUUGGAGGAACAAUGAACAAUUGUAAUAUAAAGGAGUAUUAGUUUGCGAAUACACUGAAUUGAAUCUUAUCUCAACAUUCAAAUUCAAAUGAAUGUCAAAGCCAUCCAUACACAUUCGAGUGAAGCACAUAAAGAAGCUGGGUCAGAGUAGAAGAUGUGGGCCAAGACUCAUCAAUCCACGAAUCAAAUGUCAUUUUCAUUAACUUGCAUUGCAGGUGACAUGUAUCCUCAUAUUACAUUUACAAUGCAAGAAAAGAAAUACCCAUAAUAUAUGCCAGAAUAUACAGCAUAUUAAUUA